GAUACCUUAUGAGCUGACACAACAACCCUAAAAAUGGAGGAUCAGGUCGAUAAACUCGUUGAAAAGACAUGGGGUAAAGUUUCUUCUGCAACCGCGUGAAUUUCAGGAAAGGGGUCUAAAAAUAACCACAGCUAGAUACCAAGCUACCCCGCCCUCCAAACGUCUUCUCAUAGCAAUCUCUGGGAUUCCAGGCUCUGGUACAUAACCAACUCCCUGUCUGUUUUCAUUUUAUCCUACCCUUUCUUCUAACGCCCACCAAAGGUAAAACUACGCUGGCGACAGCUGUAGCUGCACGAAUUAACUCUCGAAAUGCGGCACUCUUUGGAAAGACAACCAUGCCACCGCCAGCCGCAUUUAUCCCGAUGGAUGGAUACCACUUCUCCAGAAAGGAGCUAGAUGCUAUGCCUGAUCCCAAACUAGCCCACGAUAGACGAGGAGCGGCUUUUACUUUUGAUGGAAGAGCUUGUAGGUGUUUUGUGUCACAUGAUUUCUUUAUCUUAUACUGUAUCGAUGAACUGGAGCAAUUUCUCUCUCACCUACACAUAAAAUCCUCGAACGUUCCCGGGGAAGUUUUCAGAUUCUAACACUCUCCAAGUCUUAAGUCUAGUAAAAACUAUUUGUGAACCACUAGAACCAUCUACCCGAACUCUCUACGCUCCAUCCUUUUCCCACGCACUCAAGGAUCCAGUCUAUGAUGACAUACCCAUUCCACCAACAGCAAGAGUAAUUAUAUUCGAGGGCAAUUAUCUUUCUUUAAAUACGCCCCCCUGGUCUGAUGCUGCAAAAUUAAUGGAUGAACUUUGGUAUGCUGAAGCCUGGUGGAAUCUCGGUUCUCCCUCAAUGCCUUCGCAUCGCAUUAAAUCUAAGAAAAGACCUCUGACAAUCACUUAGGUUUGUGGAUGUACCCUUCGAAACUGCUGGUCAACGACUAGUACCACGCCACGUCAAAGCUGGCAUUGUCGCAAAUGAAGAACUGGCAUGGAAAAGGGUACGAGAAAAUGACCUCGUCAAUGGACAAGAGAUUGUGGAUGGGAGAUUGGAAGUGCAUGAAAUGAUUCAAAGCAAAGAGGAUUUGGAAUGGAAACCGGUGGAUUAGAAGUGAUGAAGAUGUCAAUUGGGAUGUCGAGUUCUGCAGCGAACCUCUGAGUACUUUAUACUCUAGCUUUCACUCGGGGCACCCCUUAUUGCAACUAAUG